AUGGACGCGGCGGCGGCGCUGCCGGAGGCGUGGUCGCAGGUGCGCGCGCCGGUGAUCGUGCCGCUGCUGCGGCUGGCGGUGGCGGUCUGCCUCACCAUGUCGGUGCUGCUGUUCCUGGAGCGGAUGUACAUGGCCGUCGUCAUCGCCGGGGUGCGCCUCCUCCGGUUCCGCCCCGACCGCCGGUACCGCUGCGACCCUUUGCCGGAGGACGACCCGGAGCUCGGCUCCGCCGCGUUCCCCGUCGUGCUCGUCCAGAUCCCCAUGUUCAACGAGCGCGAGGUGUACCAGCUGUCCAUCGGCGCCGUGUGCGGGCUGUCGUGGCCGGCGGACCGGCUGGUGGUGCAGGUGCUCGACGACUCCACGGACGAAAUGGUUAAGGAAAUGGUGCGGCUGGAGUGCGAGCGGUGGGGUCGGAAGGGGAUCAACAUAACGUACCAGAUCCGGGAGGACCGGAAGGGGUACAAGGCCGGCGCGCUGAGGGCGGGCAUGAAGCACGCGUACGUGAGGGAGUGCGAGUACGUGGUGAUCUUCGACGCCGACUUCCAGCCGGACCCGGACUUCCUCAAGCGCACCAUCCCCUACCUCGUCCGCAACCCGGAGAUCGCCCUCGUCCAGGCGCGCUGGAGAUUCGUGAACGCGGACGAGUGCCUGAUGACGAGGAUGCAGGAGAUGUCCCUGGACUACCACUUCACCGUGGAACAGGAAGUGAGCUCCUCCGUCUGCGCCUUCUUUGGGUUCAACGGUACCGCCGGCGUGUGGCGUAUUUCUGCGAUAAACGAGGCCGGAGGGUGGAAGGACCGGACCACGGUGGAGGACAUGGAUCUUGCCAUCCGGGCCAGCCUCAAGGGGUGGAAGUUUGUCUACCUCGGUGAUGUUCAGGUGAAAAGUGAGCUGCCGAGUACCUUCAAGGCUUUUCGGUUCCAGCAGCACAGGUGGUCGUGCGGCCCGGCAAACCUGUUCAGGAAAAUGAUCAUGGAGAUUGUGACAAACAAGAAAGUGACGAUCUGGAAGAAGAUCCAUGUCAUCUACAACUUUUUCUUGAUACGCAAGAUCAUUGCACAUAUUAUCACCUUUUCGUUCUACUGCCUCGUCAUCCCAGCAACGAUCUUUGUCCCCGAGGUCCGCAUACCGAAGUGGGGCUGUAUCUACAUUCCCUCAGCCAUUACCCUUAUGAACUCUGUUGGAACUCCCAGGUCAUUUCACUUGCUUUUCUUCUGGGUCGCCUUUGAGAACGUCAUGUCCCUGCACAGAACAAAAGCCACAUUGAUCGGCUUGUUAGAGGCUGGCAGGGCGAAUGAAUGGGUUGUGACAGCGAAGCUCGGCAGCGCUAUGAAGAUGAAAGCAGCUAAUAAAGCGGGACUCAGGAAACAGUUCAUGAGGAUAUGGGAGAGGUUGCACGUUACGGAGCUUGGUGUGGCAGCCUUCCUCUUCUCCUGCGGAUGGUAUGAUUUUGCGUAUGGGAGGGACCAUUUUUUCAUCUACCUCUUCUUCCAGUCCGUAGCAUUUUUCAUUGUCGGUAUCGGCUACGUCGGCACAAUCGUCCCGCAAUCGUAA